AUGACGGUGGUGAGAGAGUACGACCCGAGCCGAGACAUAGCCGGCGUGGAGGACGUGGAGCGACGGUGCGAGGUUGGCCCAAGCGGCAAGCUUUCUCUCUUCACCGACCUUUUGGGUGACCCGAUUUGUAGGAUCCGACAUUCACCUUCUUCUCUUAUGUUGGUGGCUGAGAUGAAUACGGAGAAGAAGGAGAUAGUGGGCAUGAUUAGGGGUUGCAUCAAGACCGUUACAUGUGGCAAGAAACUCGAUUUAAAUCACAAAUCACAAAACGACGCCGUAAAGCCUCUCUACACUAAACUCGCCUACGUUUUGGGCCUCCGUGUCUCUCCUUCUCACCGGAGGCAGGGGAUAGGGUUGAAACUGGUUAAGCAAAUGGAGGAAUGGUUUAGACAAAACGGCGCCGAAUAUUCCUACAUAGCAACUGAAAACGACAAUCAAGCUUCCGUUAAUCUCUUCACCGGAAAAUGCGGUUACUCCGAGUUCCGUACGCCGUCGAUUCUGGUCAAUCCGGUUUACGCGCACCGACUCAACGUCUCGCGGAGAGUCACCGUUAUCAAAUUGGACCCGGUCGACGCUGAAUCGCUGUACCGACUCCGGUUCAGCACGACCGAGUUUUUCCCGCGCGAUAUCGAUUCGGUGCUCAGCAACAGACUCUCCCUCGGGACUUUCGUCGCUGUGCCACGUGGUAGCUGUUAUGGAUCCGGGUCAGGAUCAUGGCCCGGUUCGGCUAAGUUUCUCGAGUACCCUCCCGAGUCGUGGGCCGUGUUGAGCGUGUGGAACUGCAAAGACUCGUUUCAUUUGGAAGUCCGUGGCGCGUCGCGAACGAGACGCGUGCUGGCUAAAACGACUCGCGUGGUUGACAAAACGUUGCCGUUUUUGAAACUCCCUUCGAUUCCCUCGCUUUUUAAACCGUUUGGGCUUCAUUUCAUGUACGGGAUCGGAGGGGAAGGCACACGCGCGGCGAAGAUGGUGAAGUCGCUGUGCGCUCACGCGCACAACCUAGCCAAGGAAGGAGGAUGCAGUGUUGUGGCGACGGAAGUCGCCGGAGAAGAGCCGUUGCGGCGAGGGAUACCACACUGGAAAGUGCUAUCGUGUGACGAGGAUCUUUGGUGUAUCAAACGGCUUGGGGAAGAUUACAGUGACGGCGCUGUUGGUGACUGGACUAAAUCGCCACCUGGCGUUUCGAUUUUUGUGGACCCCAGAGAAUUUUAG